AUGUCCAUCGCCCGGAUUCUUGAUAAUAUCCUCAGUGGCAUGCCAAGCUUUGCUCCCCACGUCUCCGGUCCGUUGGGAUUGAUUGCGUUUAACCUCCGCAUCUGCCUGACGAUGACAGAUGUCCGCUUCUUUAUCAUGUUCGAAUAUCCAAUCCAAACCCAGACACAAACUCCCCUCCUCUCAUAUAUUCAAAGAUUUCAAUCACUUGGAGACACGAUGAUAUCUCGUAGCGUUCGAUAUGUAUAUACGCUUUCUCACUCCGGCGCAAUCUCCGUCUAUCGACCGCGACCACGUUACUUCAGCAUGGCGAACGUGAGCAAGACCUCUACCGUUCAGCCCAAAUACGCUUCCUCAACGCCUGAGGAGCUCAGCCAAUUGGCAGUAGAUACCAAGACAUUACUGGACAGUAAUUGGACUCUCGAUGGAGAGAAGAUGGGUGUUACAAAAACCUUCUAUUUUAAAACGUACACAAAGUGCCAGGACUUCUUCAAUUUGGUCGCGAUAAAGAGCAAAUCGGAAAACCACCACUCAACAAUGACAGUUAAAUUCCGCUCUGUUGACAUACACUGGACAACUCAUAAUCCACCGGGUUUAUCCUCAAAAGACACGUUGAUGGCAAAAUACUGCGAUGAACAAGCCAACAUACUAGGCGCAGUGGAUGCAUCCCAAGUUCAAACAUGUUCUUCCCCUCCUAGCCCAAAGAGCUAA